AUGUCUGCCGUCGCAAGAUCCGUCCGCCCCUUCGCCUCCCGCGUGCUUUCCCAGAAGCUCCCUCUGGCCGCCGCAUGCAGGAUUUCGCCCGUAACUGGUUUCCCGCGGGGAAGUGUUAGGAGCUUCUCCCAAAGCCCAUUCAUGGCACUGAAGAAGUACACCGAGUCGCACGAAUGGAUCGAGUUGGCCGAUGACGGCAAGACUGCCAAGGUUGGAAUCACAGAGUAUGCCGCCCAUUCCUUGGGCGAUGUUGUGUUCGUUGAGCUUCCUGAGAUUGGCUUGGAGGUCAACGCCGGUGAGCCCGUUGGAGCUGUGGAGUCUGUCAAGUCGGCUUCCGAUGUCAACUCUCCUGUCGCCGGUACGGUGACCCAGGUUAACAGUGUCCUGGAUGACAAGGCCAAGUUCAUCAACGAGAGCCCCGAGGGCGAGGCUUGGAUUGCUGAGAUCUCGGUCAACGACCCCGCAGAGCUUGACAGCUUGCUUGAUGCCGAGGCCUACAAGGAGACCCAUGGUCAGGAGUAA